ACUUCCGAUUUCUUCUUUCGCCUUCUGCCUAAAAAACGUUCCGCAGCAGUGCAGCUGAAAUUUUCAGGUUUUCUUUUUUUUGUCUCUCUCUCCUUUUUUUUUUUUUUGCCGCCUUUACGCUCCGAGGCCCAUCCUGCCGGAGUACUACACAGACACGGUCAUUUCAGUUGACGGUUCUGGGUCGCCAGAGCAGAGUAAGCCCCAAUUUUGCCCUCCGGCCUCCUACUCCAGAUCGCCCCGCCCACCUGACCCGCCUCUGCGCCGCCGGGCUGCGUGACUCUCAAGAGCGUGCGCUGGUACGUCAUCUUCGUGCGACGUUCGGUUCGCUGUGUGUGUCGCCGGCUCCUUGAGGGUCCAUGUGAUUCUUACGCCAGUGCUGCUGAACUGUGCAGGAUAGGGAGCUGGCACAGUCCGAUUAAUUGUCCUUGGGUCGAGGUGUCUCGUCGGACCCUUUGGGGCUCAGUGGAGAAUUAAGGCAGAGUCACUGUAAUUAUUUCUAAUACCAAUUCCAAAAUAGUGACUCUUGGACAAUAGUGCAAUUAUAUGGAAUUAUGGCUGGUUAUAAGCCUGUAGCUAUUCAGACAUAUCCUAUACUUGGUGAAAAAAUCACCCAAGAUACGCUGUACUGGAACAACUAUAAGACCCCUGUUCAGAUUAAGGAAUUUGGUGCAGUUUCAAAAGUAGACUUUUCUCCUCAGCCUCCAUAUAAUUAUGCUGUCACAGCUUCCUCAAGAAUUCACAUUUAUGGCCGAUACUCCCAAGAACCUAUAAAAACCUUUUCUCGAUUUAAAGACACAGCAUACUGUGCUACUUUUCGACAAGAUGGUAGAUUGAUUGUGGCUGGCAGUGAAGACGGUGGAGUUCAACUUUUUGAUAUAAGUGGGAGGGCUCCCCUCAGGCAGUUUGAAGGCCAUACAAAAGCAGUUCAUACAGUGGAUUUUACAGCUGACAAAUAUCACGUGGUCUCUGGGGCUGAUGAUUAUACAGUUAAAUUAUGGGAUAUUCCAAACUCCAAAGAAGUUUUGACAUUUAAAGAACAUUCUGAUUAUGUGAGGUGUGGAUGUGCUAGCAAACUUAAUCCGGAUCUCUUUAUAACAGGAUCAUAUGAUCAUACUGUGAAGAUGUUUGAUGCACGAACGAGUGAGAGUGUCCUCUCUGUUGAGCAUGGGCAGCCAGUGGAGAGUGUCCUACUUUUCCCCUCUGGAGGUCUUCUGGUGUCAGCAGGAGGUCGUUAUGUUAAAGUCUGGGACAUGUUAAAAGGAGGACAAUUGCUAGUAUCUUUGAAAAAUCAUCACAAAACCGUGACAUGUUUAUGUCUAAGCAGCUCUGGACAGAGGUUACUCUCUGGCUCACUGGAUAGGAAGGUGAAAGUAUACAGCACAACUUCCUACAAAGUAGUCCACAGUUUUGAUUAUGCAGCCUCAAUUUUGAGUCUUGCCCUUGCACAUGAAGAUGAGACAAUAGUUGUAGGAAUGACCAAUGGAAUACUGAGUGUUAAACAUCGGAAAUCUGAAGCAAAGAAGGAAUCGCUUCCCAGAAGAAGAAGGCCUGCAUAUCGAACCUUUAUUAAAGGAAAAAAUUACAUGAAGCAACGGGAUGACAUUUUGAUUAACAGGCCAGCAAAGAAACACCUAGAAUUGUACGACAGGGAUCUGAAACAUUUUCGGAUCUCUAAGGCACUCGAUAGAGUUCUUGAUCCCACUUGUACAAUAAAGACACCCGAGAUUACGGUGUCCAUCAUAAAGGAGUUAAAUCGAAGAGGAGUCCUUGCAAAUGCACUUGCAGGUCGGGAUGAGAAGGAAAUCAGUCAUGUUCUUAAUUUUUUGAUAAGGAAUCUUUCUCAGCCAAGAUUUGCCCCUGUUUUAAUCAAUGCUGCUGAAAUAAUUAUUGAUAUAUAUCUGCCUGUAAUUGGUCAGUCCCCUGUAGUUGAUAAAAAGUUUUUACUACUUCAAGGACUUGUAGAAAAAGAGAUUGAUUACCAAAGAGAAUUGUUAGAAACCUUGGGGAUGAUGGAUAUGCUUUUUGCUACCAUGAGAAGGAAGGAAGGCACUUCUGUGUUGGAAAAUACGUCUGAUGGAUUUCCAGAGAAUAAGAAGAUAGAAUCAUAGUGUCUGCUAAAUAAGACAUAUAAGAACUCUGAAGUUGGAAUAGAUUUGACUGUAUUAAAUGUUGGCAAGAGACUCUCUUUGAUACAUUAAAAAGAACUAUUUGCAGAAGCAGUUCUAUGGAAGAGACUGGAAUAAUUAUGGCUGGAAAACAAGUACCUGUUUUAAGUAAGACAUGGUUUUCCAUGUAAUAUUUUGAAUUAUAGUGUCUUCACCUAGAAGAUCUCAAUUGUCUUAGUCACAGAGUAGGUUUAUCUGGGAUGGAUAUUAAUUUUAGUACAGGAGUGUUCUGUAUCAACAUUUGGGUUGGUAUUCAGAUGGGAAUUCAAAUAUGAAUCCUCUCUGGAGAGGGUCCAACUGGGAAUCCUGCUAAAGUAACAAAGCCUUGUAUUACCUCUGGAAAACAACAAAAACAAUUGGCAACAACAAAAA